UAACUGUGAUAGUAAAGUAACUUCAACGGUAUAGUAAUUGAGGAUUAACUGUCCAGAAUGAAGAUACUCCAUGUUGUCUCCUGCUGUCUUCUCUCAGCUCUGUGUGUGGUGGAGUCAGCUGUCAUGAAUGUGAAGGAUGUGGUGGGAGGACAAGUCAUGUUCGGCUGCUCAUUCACAUUGGCAGGGAACAACAUCAAAUACUUCUGCAAGGGGACAUGUUCUGGUAAAGAUAUUCUGGUUCAAACUAAUGGGAGAAAGAAUGUAUCUCAAGGUAGAUACAGUAUAGAUGACAACAGAUAUGGAGUCUUCUAUGUGACCAUCAAGAACCUGAGGAAGCCAGACUCUGGGACCUACUGGUGUGGAGUGGACCGAACUAUAAAGGACACAUACCAAGAGGUGUAUCUCACAGUUACAGAUGGUAAGUGA